AGGGGCCGCUGCCCUCAGCGGACGCGCGUCGCCGGCUCUCCCCCUCCUGCUGACACCGGCACGAGCGACCAAGGCCAGGGACCCCUCUCCUUCAGCCUCUGCGCCCACCCAGCUGGCUCUGAGGGCGGCCCAGGGAAGAGACCCCCGUCCACCCUGGAGAGGAGAGACUGUCCUUCCACGCCCCUGAGUGAGGGGGCCAGGGCCCAAGCUGCCUGUGCCCCGCAAAGACGAGGAUCCCUCUGGUGAGGGGAAGGACCUGGCCAGCCACAACGUCUUGCCCCCUGAGCUCCCACGUCUCUGUCUCAGCACCCGCAGUCCCCUCCCCUCCGUAUUUAUUCCCCUGGACUCCGGCCAGCUCCUCCAUCUCUGUCUCCUCCGGGAUUCAGGCCUCCCUCCCUGACAUGGAGAGUAACCUGUCUGGCCUGGUGCCUGCUGCUGGGCUGGUGCCCGCGCUGCCGCCCGCCGUGACCCUGGGGCUGACCGCCGCCUACACCACCCUGUAUGCCCUGCUCUUCUUCUCCGUCUAUGCCCAGCUCUGGCUGGUGCUCCUGUACGGGCACAAGCGGCUCAGCUACCAGACGGUGUUCCUGGCACUGUGUUUGCUCUGGGCUGCGCUGCGUACCACCCUCUUCUCCUUCUACUUCCGAGACACCCCCAGAGCCAACCGCCUGGGGCCCUUGCCCUUUUGGCUUCUCUACUGCUGCCCUGUCUGCCUGCAGUUCUUCACGCUGACGCUAAUGAACCUCUACUUUGCCCAGGUGGUGUUCAAGGCCAAGGCGAAGCGUCGGCCUGAGAUGAGUCGAGGCUUGCUGGCUGUCCGAGGGGCCUUUGUGGGGGCCUCGCUGCUCUUCCUGCUGGUGAACGUGCUGUGUGCUGUGUUGUCCCGCCGGCGCCGGGCACAGCCCUGGGCCCUACUCCUGGUGCGCAUCCUGGUGAGCGACUCCCUUUUUGUCAUCUGUGCACUCUCUCUGGCCGCCUGCCUCUGCCUCGUUGCCCGGCGAGCCCCCUCCACCAGCAUCUACUUGGAGGCCAAGGGGACCAGCGUGUGCCAGGCGGCUGCAAUGGGUGGCGCCAUGGUCCUGCUGUAUGCCAGCCGGGCCUGUUACAACCUGGCGGCCCUGGCCUUGGCCCCCCGGGGCCGGCUGGAUGCCUUCGAUUAUGACUGGUACAACGUCUCUGACCAGGCGGACCUGGUGAAUGACCUGGGGAACAAAGGCUACCUGGUAUUUGGCCUCAUUCUCUUUGUGUGGGAGCUGCUGCCCACCACCCUGCUGGUGGGCUUCUUCCGGGUGCACCGGCCCCCACAGGACCUGAGCACCAGCCGCAUCCUCAACGGGCAGGUCUUUGGCUCCCGAUCCUACUUCUUCGACCGGGCCGGGCACUGUGAGGAUGAGGGCUGCUCCUGGGAGCACAGCCGGGGUGAGAGUACCAGCAUGUCAGGCAGCCUUGGCUCCGGCAGCUGGUACGGCGCCAUCGGGCGGGAGCCGAGCUGGUGUGGGGGCAGCCAGACGCGGACCACUCCUCUGCUCUUCUCCCAGGUGCCGGGACCCGGCGGCCACCACCACAGCCUCUACUCCACCCCACAGACGUGAUCCCCCACCCCCCUAGGAUGCCCAGACCCCAGGCCCGCUCACCCCAGGCCCCUGAGCCAAGUUCAUCUGCUGCUUCUUGCCCAGGAUCUGAGGGGCUGUAGCCGCCUCCCCGCCCUAGCUAUCUCCUUGGCUGCUCCUGUUGUUGUGAGCUUGUACUGCUCCCCUAGGGUGGGGGACAUGGCCCUGGCUGCCAGAUGCCCACAGUACGCUGGCAUGACCUGCCACCUCUGCUUCUACACCGGAGCCAGCUACCUCUCCUGCACCUGCCACUCAAUAAACAGUGUCUGUGCCCC